CCGACGUACGAAAUUCAAACUUCUGUAACAAAACAUCUCUGUCAGAGGGUUUCUCCGUAUGGUUGUUAAUUGACUUUACCUUCUUUCUUCCCCGUAUUCGAACAAAUUCAGGGGGGUUUAAUCGUCGUCGCUCUGACUCAGGGAGGAUGCCUGUGGAACGGACGGAGCACCGCGGGGCCGACGAGCUCUACAGAUACUAUGAGGUUUACGAGACCAUCGGCUCAGGGGGCUUUGCUAAAGUCAAGCUGGGUCGACACAUCCUGACCGGAGAGAAGGUUGCCAUUAAAAUCAUGAAUAAGAAAGAUUUAGGGGAUGACCUGCCCCGGGUGAAGGUGGAGAUUGAGGCCAUGAAGAACCUGAGUCAUCAGCACGUCUGUCGUCUUUACCAGGUCGUAGAGACCUCCACCCAGAUCUUCAUGGUGCUGGAAUACUGUCCAGGUGGGGAGUUGUUUGAUUACAUCAUAGCAAAGGACCGUCUGUCAGAGGAGGAGACUAGGGUGUUUUUCAGACAGAUUGUGUCUGCGUUGGCCUACGUCCACAGUCAGGGAUAUGCACACAGAGAUUUAAAACCGGAAAACUUGUUGAUUGAUGAAGACCACAACUUGAAGCUCAUAGACUUUGGCCUCUGUGCCAAACCUAAGGGAGGUCUGGGUUAUGAGCUGAUGACUUGUUGCGGGAGCCCCGCGUACGCUGCUCCUGAACUCAUUCAGGGAAAAGCAUAUAUUGGUUCAGAGGCUGAUGUGUGGAGUAUGGGGGUGCUGCUGUUCGCUCUGCUCUGUGGAUACCUGCCUUUCGAUGACGACAACUGCAUGGUCCUCUACAGGAAGAUUACAAGAGGUAAAUAUGACAACCCCCGCUGGCUUUCUCCAGGUAGUGUCCUCCUCCUCAACCAGAUGAUGCAGGUGGACCCCAAGCGGCGUCUCAGUGUUCGACAGCUGCUGGACCAUCCCUGGGUGAUGAAAGACUACAACAGCCCUGUGGAGUGGAACAGCAGGCAGCCGCUUGGCCACAUAGAUGAGGACUGUAUCACUGAGAUGGCAGUCAACAUGAAGCGAUCGCGAGAGAGCACCACAGCGCUGGUGAAGGAGUGGCGGUAUGACCAGACCACAGCCACAUACCUGCUGCUGCUGUCAAAGAAACAAAGGGGAAAGCCUGUCCGCCUGCGGCCUGAACCAACUGUUUACGAGGACUCCUGCUCUCCUCUGCACCGAGGACUACAGACUGGGGAAGCCCUUCAUUUUAGCGAGGAUGAAGACGCUGUGAUUGUGGGUUUUUUGGACUUUUGCUCAGACUACAUUGAUGAUUGUCCAUGGGUUUCAAUUACACAACAUACACCCCAGAGGAUCAGAGGUCAGCCAGGUGGAAUUGCAAACAACAAAGAUGCGAGACUGGCAUCUCCAUCAGUAGAGAAAAGAUGUGCUCAUAGCCCGACUCAAGAGAGGGGGCGAGCGACUACACAGCACCGCCAGGACAGGAGGCACAGAGACAAAGAACAAACCAUCGAGAACAAGGAGAAUAUUGCAGUUCAGGAGAAAGAUGUUGAAAUUUUUGCGUUGCCUCCUCCUCGAACUCCAGUGUCCAUUAAAAAGAAUGCACGCCCCAACAAGAAUGUGUUGACCACACCCAAUCAAAACGUCAAUAGCAACAAAACCAAUGCAGUUACGCCUAAAGGUGGAGGCAGUGCCUCUAAAGACGACAACAAGAAGAGAACAGCAGAGAACAGGGAGCCUGCAAACAUUGAAAUACUGACCUUCAGUCCUGAGAGAAGGUCUCGGUCUUUGGACAUGGCUGCUACAGGAGACAGUGGGAAGAAGAAGAGAGGAGGGAAGGUGUUUGGUUCUCUGGAGAGAGGCCUGGAUAAGGUGAUCACCAUGCUCACUCCCAGCAAGAGACGAGCCCUGCGUGACGGCCCACGCAAGAUCAAGGCACAAUACAAUGUGACUUUAACUAGUCAGACAAACCCAGACCAGGUGCUUAACCAGAUCCUCUCCAUCCUGCCAGAGAAAAAUGUCGACUUUACACAGAAAGGUUAUACCCUAAAAUGUCAGACCUGGGGGGACUUUGGGAAGGUGACAAUGGCAUUUGAGCUGGAGGUGUGCCUGCUGCAGAGGCCAGAGGUCGUCGGGGUCCGCCGCCAGAGGCUGAAGGGAGACGCUUGGGUCUACAAGCACCUGGUGGAGGACAUCCUCUCCACAUCCAGUAUUUAAAUAAUGGACUUUUCUGACAAUAUCACUUCCUGUACAAGCCGAUGGACACUGGCUGUUUAGUGUCAGCGACAUGAAGCCUCUUUCUGAUGUACAGAUUCUCAGCAUGAAUGAUGAGUCCUUCAUUAUUCUUUAUGAAUAUUUAAAAUUCUCCGUAGGCCAGCCUGCAAUCCCCAGAGUACAUGUUACAUUGGAUUUAUGAGCACUGCAUGUCAGGAUCAUUUACACUAUAUCUUGUUUUAUGUAGAAUUUUGUUGUUUUACGUCCCUUUUUCAUAAUUAUUGAGCUAAAUAUGAUCUGUGUCAAUCCUCUUGAGAUGAAUGUGUGUGUGUGUGUGUGUGUGUGUAUGAAAUGUAUUUACAGUAUACCUUCUGGCUGCUUAUUACAAUAUUUAUGUCCUGAUGUUGUUAUUCUCCCCUGUAGGUUCCAAACUUUAUUUAAUCACAUAAAUUAGCAGAACAUUACUAAUUUACUGUCAUUGUUUGGUUUUUAUGUAUAUGUGCUUACAUGUUUUACAUGGUUAUAUGAAGUGUCGGCUUUUAUUUCUCAUUGGUGCUUGUUUUUCUUUUCACUGUCACAUUGUGUCUGUAAGAUUUUUGCUGACAAUGUAAAAGGAGCAAAAUAAAUGAUUCCUGCUAAGUGCUAA